CUUACAUAACGUACUAACCAGGAAAUGAAAGCGAAUCGAGGUAGAGAGGACUUGGGUUUUGUACAGGAGGCGUACAGGAGAGGUUUAGAUAUGUUACGAGACUCUGGGAGCUCGCAGUGUCGGCACGUUGCUGAAGAAAGACUCGGAGUUGACGUGUGUUUGACGGAGGAGAAUCUAGAGUCAGCUCCAGAAUGUCCACACGGACCAAUGCUUCUGUUUGAAAGAUUUUACAGAGAUGAACGGGUACCUCAGAGAUUCUAUGCAUGCUCAGCAGCCAGAGGUAGGAAAGACUGCUCAUUUUUUCAGUGGGAAGGAGAAAAAGUCUCUGAUGUCAGAAAAAAGGUUCACAAGGAAAUGGUUAAAGCAUCAAGAGAGCCAUACUUAGAAGCCUGUGAGAGAUACAAGAACAUUAUUCAUGUGUCAGAUGAUUUUCUUAAGGAACAGUGCUUGUUUUGUCAUUCCUGUGGCCUGUUGUUUCUGCCUAAAGAAAUAGAAAAACAUUUAUCACAUGAUUAUGAACAAGCUGGGGAUUUGUCCAAACCAACAGCAAUUAUGAGACCAAGAGAAAAUGAAAAGACACAAGCACAAUACUUAUUUUCGAGGAAGGCAACAGAGUUCCUGGUUUCCCUAUUGAAAGAUUUAGGUUUCAAGAAUGUGCUUUGUUUGGGAACACCAAGGCUUCAUGAAGAGAUCCAAACGAGCAGGAAAGCAUGUGGGUCUCUAGACAGUCUUCUUCUUGACAUCGACUUCAGAUAUGGUCAAUUUUAUCCAACAUCCAAAUUCUGCUGGUACAACAUGUUUAACCAUUUCUUCUUUGGAAACCAAUCCAGUGCAGAGGUAUUCAACUCGUUUAUGAAGAGGGAGGGGUUAGUUAUAGUGAUGGACCCGCCAUUUGGUGGUUUGGCUGAAGUUCUGUCAGCCUCUGUGAGGAAGAUUUGGGCUGUCUGGAGGCAGUCUCAUUUCCAGGAUGGAACAGACAAGGAAUUGCCAACUGUGUGGAUAUUUCCGUACUUCAUGGAGCCUCAUCUGAAAGCUGCCCUGCCAUCAUUAACCAUGCUGGAUUACAAGGUUGACUAUGAUAAUCACCCACAUUUUAAGAGCAAGAAUAUGAAGGGCUCUAAACGUGGUUCGCCCGUGAGAAUCUUCACCAACAUUAAUCCUGCUGAUGUGAUUCUUCCUUCUGCUGAAGGUUACAGAUUUUGCAAGAACUGUAACAGAUUUGUAGCACCUGAAAAUGUUCACUGUAAAAAAUGCAGAGGUUGUAUGUCAAAGGAUGGAAGGCAAUACGUUCACUGUGACAUGUGUGGCAUAUGUGUUAAGCCAGGCCGUGAGCACUGCAUGACUUGUGAUCGCUGUGAAACGGAAGGACACCGGUGUAAGAGUUUCAUCGAUACAGCUGCCUGCCAUAUUUGUGGAGGUUUGGGACAUAAGAGAAGGAACUGUCCAAAUCGCUCUCUUGAUUCAUCGAAAAAAAGAAGGAGACACAAACAGUCGGACGGAACACGAGCACACAGAAAGGACCAAGGAAAACAAAUAAACAAACGGGCAAAACAUGGCUAAAGUAUGGGGAUUUAUAGGACGAAGAAAACGUUGGUGAUAAAAGAAGUUUUUUUGUUAGAUGUUGUAACGAGUCAAACGAGCGUCUCAAUUGAUACAUACACACAUGUAUCUUUGUAGUAAAGGAAGAAACUAUUUUUACGAGAGUAAAAAUUGUCAUAUUGCUUUAAACUGUC